CACAACAUUGCUCCCACAUGACAAUGGGGUUCUGUGUGUUUCGGUAAACAUGACGGCCAUUUCUAAAAGUCAGAUUCACUCAUUCUUGUGUCCAGUUAUAAGAAGCAUGGAGCGAACGAGCAGCAUUAGGUUAAAGGCCAUGGCCAGGCAACACAAGGCUGAAGUCAUGAUCGCAGGAGAACAGCUCAGGCUCAGACUUCACGAUGGAAAACUGAUUAAGGAUCGACGCUACCACUUUCGCACCUAUCCUAACUGCUUUGUGGCACACGAGCUUAUAGACUGGCUUGUGAGCCACAAGGAAGCUGCAGAUCGAGCAACAGCUGCCAGCCUCAUGCAGCACCUCAUGGACCAUGACAUUUUACACCACGUCUGUGACAAGAGGGCAGAAUUCAAGGAUGCCAAACUGCUGUACCGUUUCCGCAAGGAUGAUGGCACAUUUCCCUUUAACACAGAGGUGAAAAUCUUCAUGCGAGGACAACAACUAUAUGAGCAACUUAUAGCAGACAAGAACUCCAUUCUGCAGCUGAGAGAGGAGCAUGGUGUUACUUAUAAGCGCUCCUUUCCUGGCUGCCAGUUGAUUGACUAUCUCAUUCAGAAUGGAGAGGCAGAUAGCCGGCGACAGGGACUGGAGUUGUGCCGUGCAUUGCAGGAGCAUGGCAUCAUUCAGCACGUGGGACAAAAUCAUGAUUUCUUUGACAGUGGGCUACUCUACCAGUUCUGCAUCAAUUUCCGCCGGCGUUGGCGCCUGUCUGAGCUGUUAACUGAAAAUGAGCAGGUUAAUGAUGAGGCUGUGAUGGCAUCAACACAAGAGGACAACAAUUCUGAGAGUCCCUUUCUUCUACGCAGAAACUCAUCCAAGGAAUGCAACCGUGCAUUCAGUGUGAGCUCAAACAAAGACUCCAAACAGAUUACCGGUGUUCGUCGAAGUAGCUUGAGUUCCCUUCAGUUUCACUCUGCUGGAUUUCCACCUCUUCAGCUGUUGUCACACUCAGCAGUACGAUGCAAUCCUAAAUCAGUCCUUAAAAGAAAAGUUACUUGUGAAGAAUUAUUGGAACCUGGUGCACCCUUUAUCAAGAAAGUGUUGACGGUGAUAGGAGACGCCCUGGGCUGGGGCUUUGUUGUCAGAGGCAUGGCUCCUUGUUAUAUGCAGGCUGUUGACCCUGGAAGCCCUGCAGCAGCUGCUGGAGUUAAGGUGCGGCAGUUUGUGUGCCAGGUAAAUGGACAGUGUGUUCUUUACCUGGACUACAGGACAGUAACCAGACUGGUGAUGACAGGACCUCGCACUGUUGUACUGGAAGUUAUGGAACCACUGGAAUGACAGUAGCUAUAUUAUCAAAGUCUGGCUCUCUCUUUGAGUAGAAAUACUGCAUCUGCAAAAAAAUAUAAAAUAAUAAUAAUAAAAAAAAUCAGCAAUUACGUUUGAUAUGUGCUCAU